CGUGCCGCCGGCGAGGCAUUCGUUCGUCCUUCGCUAAAGGAAGGAAUUUCUUUCUAGUAGCUGCUUAAUUUUCUAUGGAUGCGGAGUUCAAACCAUUCCGACUCUUCUCCAGCAUCAAUAAAUCCAACCCUCCAGCUCUCGCCGCUUUGCCCUCCCACCGCCCAGAUCCUACUUCCAAUGAUUUCGAACACGAACGCGGCAAUGCCGACGCUAUCGGUCCGGCCUCCUUCGCCGAGCUCGGCCUCUCCGAGUGGGCUGUCGAUACCUGCCGUGAGCUUCGAAUUGAACGCCCCACCACAGUUCAGAGCCGCUGUAUUCCGCGUAUCCUAGCCGGUGAUGAUGUGCUAGGGAUUGCCCAGACCGGCAGCGGCAAGACUGCAGCCUUUGCCCUUCCUAUCCUCAAUCGCUUGGCUGAGGACCCCUACGGUGUCUUCGCCCUCGUAGUCACCCCCACCAGGGAGCUUGCCGUUCAGCUUGUGGAGCAAUUCAGGGCAUUCGGUUCAUCGCUCAACCUAAGGUGCACGCUCGUCGUCGGUGGUAUGGACAUGCUCAGUCAGGCACGAUCCCUCUCCCAACGACCGCAUGUAGUCGUUGCGACCCCAGGGCGGAUCAAGGUUUUGCUGGACCAAGAUCCUGAUUUACCUGCUGUUUUUUCAAAGACAAAGUUUCUAGUUUUGGAUGAGGCAGACCGAGUAUUGGAUGUUGACUUCGAGGAGGAACUUCGAGUUAUAUUUAAAUUUCUGCCUAAGAGUCGGCAAACACUAUUGUUUUCUGCAACUAUGACCAGUAAUUUACAGGCCUUGCUUCAAAUAUCUGGAAAUAGGUCUUACUUUUACGAGGGAUACGAAGGAUUUAAAACAGUUGAUUCUUUAGAACAACAGUUUGUUAUCACUCCUAAGAAUCUUAAGGAUGUCUACCUGUUUCACAUUUUGUCGAGAAUGGAGGAGAGAAAUAUUCGAUCAGUCAUGGUAUUCGUUUCCACUUGCAGAAGUUGUCACCUUCUGAGUUUGCUCCUGGAAGAAUUGGACCAGUCUGCAGUGGCUCUGCACUCUCACAAGGCCCAAAAACUGAGACUUUCUGCAUUAAGCCGGUUUAAAUCUGGCCAAGUUCCUAUUUUGCUUGCCACUGAUGUAGCAAGCCGUGGAUUGGAUAUUCCAACAGUUGAUCUCGUAAUCAAUUAUGACAUUCCCAAGUAUGCAAGGGACUAUGUUCAUCGUGUUGGAAGAACUGCAAGAGCGGGCAGAGGAGGACUUUCCAUAAGCUUUGUUACUGAGAAUGAUUUGGAUCUCAUUCAUGAGAUAGAGGCUGUUAUCCAAAAACAAUUAACAGAAUACAAAUAUGAAGAAAACGCCUUUAAAGAUGAUCUGUCAAUGGUCUUCAAAGCUAGACGUGUGGUCACGAUGAAAAUGGUAGAUGAUGGUUUUGAAGAGACAGCACGAGAAAGAAAAGCACAGAAGCUUAGGACAUUAUCAGAAAAAGGCUUGGUGAAGAAGCGGAAACGGAAGGAGAGAAAGGUAGCAGCAUGAUUCGCUUUUAUCAAGUAACAAUUCGUUGGCUGAUAUAGGACCUCCGGUGAAUCUGGUACUGGAGUGAAUCUUCGUCCUAAGUGUUAUGGAUCCCAGCCUUGUAAAAUGUAAACAAAUUUUGUUUUAUUCAAAUGUUUGGAUAGACUGUUAUUUAAGAAAUAUACACUUCUGUUAGCCACAACAACCAUUUCAUUGAAUCU